AUGGCUUCUUCUUUUUCUUCUUCUUCUUCUUCUUCUUCUUACUCCUUCCUUCCUGCCUUCCUUCCUUCUCCUUCUUCUUCUUCUUCUUACUUCCUUCCUUCUCCUCCUUCUCCUCCUCUUCUUCUUCUUGUUCUUGCACGUAAUGUUUUUCUCUCCACAUGUUCUUUUUUCUCUCGUUUCUCAUUGCAGUUCCUCCUCCUCUUCUCUCCCUUCUCUCUUCUUCCUCCUCUCCUCCUCCUACUCCUCUCCACUUGUUAUCUCUCCCUUUUUCCUUUUCUCCCUCUUUUCCACUUACUCCUUCUCUCUCAUCCACGUCUUCCCUAUGUUCUCUCUCCCUACACCAAUAAAUUGAUGAUAGCACAUUUUCCUCCUCUUCUUUCUCGUAAUGUUUUCCCCUCCAAGUGUUCUUUUUCUCUUUCCUCUCAUUACUCCUCCUACUCACUUCUUCCUCCUCUCCCCUUUCCCCCUCCUACUCACUCUCUUUUCUCCUCCUCCUCUCCCUCUUUUCCUUCUCUUGUCUUAUUCUUCUCCUCCUCCCUAUUUCCCCCCCAUCUCUUCCUACACCAAUAA